AUGGCCACUCCAUCAUAUAACACUGGGUUCAUCCAACCAGAAGAGGAAAUAUUCUAUUCCACAUAUGAGCCAACAAAAGAAGAAAUUAUUGAAUAUGCAGUGAAAAUUGGUAUAAAUCCGGAAAAAGAAGCCAAUAUAAUCUAUCUGGCACGACAAGGAUUGCUACACCCUUUACCAGAGAACUGGAAACCAUGUUACAGUAAACAAGUCAAAGCUUACUACUACUACGACAGAAUAACAAAAAAAUCACAAUGGGAACAUCCCAUCGAUGUCUUGUACCGAGCAAAAGUGAUCGAAGCUAGAAAAGCACUGGCUUUCGAUCAAUCAGAUUCUACAUCAUUCGGUGAUUCAGGAUUUCGCAGUUUAAAAUCUAAUCACACAUUCAACAACACCUAUAAUCAACAUCAUGCGAAAGAUCCUGAUUAUGGUAACAGUCUUGCAAUGUCGAACCAGCAGCUCAAAAGCAACACAACUCAUCAGGAUGCGCAGAAGCUACCAGAACAGUUGGAUAGUUUCACCAAUUUGAUUGUGGCACCGUCCGUACAUGAGGAAAGUGAUUCAAAUAAAGAAAACAACAGUCAAGACGUUACUGUCGGGGUUGCUAAAAACCAAAGCAAUAUUGAUUCCGCAGUUGCUUUCACGAAGAAACUAUCUUUUACCAUGGAAGCCAGUGGCCACGAUAUAAAGAACGAAGACAAAGAAACCGUGGUCAAAUCGGGACCGGACAGUAAAAUGGGUUCAACCCUGUAUGGUUUUACUAUUACCGGAACCGGAUCACAAUUUUUGAAAUCAAACAAAAAGCUUGAGUUUGGAAGUUUAGAUUUAGCGCGCAAGCCUGAAUCCGAAAUGAAAGGCAUUCUGCGUGAUACUAGUUUGAGUUAUGUACGCUCAAAAAGUACUCCCAAUGAGGACUCGGGAAAUGAUGAAAGAAAAAGCGUUCGCUUUGAUAUUGAUAUCGAGGCAGAACAAUCAGCAAACGAAAUGAAAGGAGAAAUUGAUUCGGUCCUUGAUGCUGAUGCCGAAGCAGACGACAACAUCAAUGAUCGUGAUGAAAUCGAAAAUCGUUUUGAUGAUCCGGAAAAGGAGGAUGACAUAAGUGCUGAUAGAUUGAAACAAACAUCUUCUUCAGAAUCGUCCGAACCUGAUUCGGAAAUAUUGACGGGUGUAGGUUUGAAAAUUGUGAAUGAAGGCAAAUCUUGUUCGACGGCAGUAUCAUCAUCGAAAGGGACAAAGGUUGAAAUUUUGGAUGAUCGUGGUUUGGAUUCGAUACGAUUUCUCCGGCAUUCGAUCGAUCAAGAACGUGAACGUUACAAAGCAAGGCUUGAAGAGGAGCUGCGAUCGCUUGCCACGCUAGAAGAAAGCAGAAUGCAGAUCGAAUUAACAAACGAACGCUUGCGGUACGAGGAACUGCUUUCCAAAGAGAGGCAACGCAUGCAGGACCAACAUCAACAAAAUAUUCACGAGAUCAAAGAAUUUUACCAGGCAAAACUGAACGAACUUAAAACUGACUAUGACGAAGAAAAUACUAAGGAGUAUGCCGUGUAUCAAGAGACAUUGCAGGAAGAGUUCGAUCGGCGCGUGAAGGAAGUGACGAACACACACCGGGCUACGAUGGCGAAAUUGCAACAGAAUCACGACGAAAUUGUCGAAGAGCUGGAACGUGACCUGAAGAUGGAGGAAGAGUUGCUAAAGAAAGAGCACAGCACCAAUCUGGCAGAGAUCAAAAUCAAACUAACCCAUGAGCUAGAAAUGGAACGGCAACGCAUGCGGGAAACGGGAGAGGACCGGCUGUACGAGAAGGUACGUUGCGAGAAACGUUUGCUAGAGGACAAGUAUAAAUGUUUGAAGGAAAAAUAUACGCGCCUGAAAACGGAUGUACGCAUCUCUCUGGAGCGCCGUAAGAAAAGGCGGGAACAGCAACAACAGCAGCAACAUAGCUUGCUUAGCAACAGCUACGAAACAGACGAUCGCACAAAUUCUAAACCAUUACCAUCCUACUCCUACGAGAUUGGUAAAGGCAUGUCGGCAUCGUCCACCAUCAAACCAACAUCCUUGAUGAUGUCAGAGAAGUCGCAACCACUCAGCAAUACAUCAUAUGUUGCUGCUACCAAACGCAUUGCAAUGGAGUCGAAGCACAACACGCUCCAUUUGAACGGCACUGGGUUAGUCGAAUCUCGAAAAUCGGCCUUUCUGCUGAACCAUACCAACAAUAACAACAAUAACACUACUCAAAAGCAUCAGAUGGAUGAAUCGAGCCAAAGUGAGACCAGAUAUUCAAAGAACUACUUCCAAGUGAAGAACAUAUUUGGGAGCGUACAGCACGAGGACAACUUCAGUUCCGAUUCCGAGUUUCAUAAGAUGAGUUGCGAUACUGGUGGAAUAGAAAAUUCCUGCAGCAGUUCCAUUACUGGCGCUGCCACAGCAGCCCCCACCCGUCCAAAGAGAAGAAUUUUCACCAAAACCAAAUCAUCUUCCACCUCUAAGCUAAACUCGAGCAAACACGAACGCGAAACAGGUGCUACUAAACCUUACACACCGGUGGAAAAUCUGCGCAUACAGUUGAAAAAGCUAGAAGAACUGGAGGAUCAAAUUCCUGACUGUAAUCUCGAUGCGCCGUAUCAUUUGCGAUAUCCGUUUGUUAAUAAUAUAACUAACGUCGAUAGCGAUAAGACAACAGCUAGUGCCUGUAUGCACGGCGAUAUAGGAGGAGCUGAAACUGUCACCACUACCGACAGGAGUGAGCUGGAAUUCUUUAAGCACCGUAUACUACUCGAACGGGAUUCUGUCAUGCGUGCGAAGGAAUCUCUACGUGCACAGAAAAAUGUAUUUAAAUCUAAACAACGUGAUAUUGCGGUAAAGCAUGCGAUCAAAAACAAGCAGCCGGUAGAUCAAAUAUUUCAUGAAGAGAAAGAAUUAACCGAAAUGGAAGUAUCGCUUCACCGUACACGAGCAUUGCUUGGGGAAAAAGUAAUCCGAUUGCGACAUCUAGAAAAUUCUCUACAAAAACUCUCCGAAAAAGAGCAUCCUAUUCGAGCAGGUCCCAGAGAGAUACCGCUUAAACCAAAGGAAACCCUCAGCGAUUUGUCCUCCUAUUCAAGUUCGGGUUUCAGCAGCACUGAUGUACCAACUACUGAACAUUACGGUCGCUUGCAGGCGAGAGUUCCAUCGAGAAACACGGAGCCCACGGAUACAAUUACGUAUCUAAAGCAUUUGCACACUGAGAUACAGGAAAUUUGGAGUUUACUGAAUCCCAACAAUGGUGGCACAGCGCCUGUAAUGAGAUUGGAUGAAAUGGAUUUUCUCAAUAAUACCGCCACAGUACCCUACAGCUCGGCGUCUGGAAAACAAUGCUGCGACAAAGUGCUGCCACAAACAGCGGCAACUCCAGGCUUUAACCAAACAUCAAGCGCCAUUUUCGCCGCAGGAACUCAACCACCAAUGUCUAAUUAUGUCCAAAAUCAACAUCAUUACACCAUCACACUACUCGAGACGACUCGAGAUCUUAAGAAUUGGCUUCGGCAGGCUAAAACCGAGCAUGAAAUAUUGAAAAAUCAAACCCACGGUGGUUCUGAAAAUUUAGUACCAAAUAUUCAUAUUUAA